CAAUUUUCUAAUUUUCUAGAUAAAAAUUGAAAACACCCACCGCUUCAGGAACUAUUUUCAGUGCACGGUACGAAGUGGCUUGUGUCAAACUACAGCGGUGGAGAAAAAGGGGGAGUUAAACCACAUACAGUCAGUUCUACCCCCCCUGGGAUGUGUUAAACUCUUGUUAAAAUAAUUCCUGUGAAUAGUUCUGUGAUCAAAUUUUAAAAAUGGCGAUUCUGCCGAUUAAAUUCCAGGAGCAUCUGCAGCUGACAAAUGUUGGGAUUACAGCUGCCAACAUUGGGUUCCAGUCCCUCACCAUGGAGUCCGACAAGUUCAUCUGUGUCAGGGAGAAGGUUGGAGACACCUCACAGGUUGUCAUCAUCGAUAUGUCGGAUUCGUCUAACCCUAUUCGGCGGCCAAUAUCUGCUGAUUCGGCGAUUAUGAACCCUGUUAGCAAAGUGAUUGCAUUGAAAGCUCAGAAGACUCUGCAGAUAUUUAAUAUUGAGAUGAAAACUAAAAUCAAGUCCUUCAGUAUGCAGGAUGAUGUGAUAUUCUGGAAGUGGAUUAGCGAAAAGAUGAUCGCUCUGGUGACUGAGACUGUUGUUUACCACUGGUCAAUGGAUGGGGACGCACAACCUGUCAAAAUGUUUGAGAGACAUAGUAGUCUAUCAGGGUGUCAGAUAAUCAAUUACCGUUGUGACGCCGCAGCUAACUGGCUUCUACUCAUUGGUAUAUCUGCCCAGCAGAAUAGGGUUGUGGGAGCUAUGCAACUGUACAGUGUUGAACGGAAAGUAUCCCAACCUAUUGAAGGACAUGCAGCAGCAUUUGUUCAGUUUAGAAUGGAGGGAAACCAACAGGAUUCGAAUUUGUUCAUAUUUGCUGUUCGUGGCGCUGCUGGGGGCAAACUCCAUAUCAUUGAGGUUGGAACUCCGCCUACUGGGAAUACGCCCUUCCAGAAGAAAGCAGUUGAUGUAUUCUUUCCUCCAGAAGCUCAGAACGAUUUUCCAGUUGCAAUGCAGGUGUCCAAGAAGAACGCUAUCGCGUAUCUUAUCACAAAGUACGGAUAUGUUCAUUUAUUCGACAUUGAGAGCGGAGCCUGUAUUUACACUAACAGAAUCAGUGCGGACACUAUAUUUGUGACAGCUCUGCAUGAACCCAGCAAUGGUAUUAUCGGAGUCAACAGGAAGGGACAGGUAUUAUCCGUGAGCAUGGAUGAGGAGACUGUAGUCCCCUAUAUUCAGCAGACCAAUACUAUUCCAAACAACGCGGAUCUUGCUCUUAGAAUGGCUGUGCGUAAUAAUCUGGGAGGAGCUGACCAGCUGUUUGUUGCCAAGUUCAAUGACCUGUUCGGACGCGGAGCGUACAGUGAAGCAGCUAAGGUCGCCGCCAACGCCCCCAAGGGGAUUCUGCGUACACCUCAGACUAUAGCUAAGUUUCAACAGGUGCCAACCCAGCCUGGACAGACCUCUCCCCUGCUCCAGUAUUUUGGUAUUCUGCUUGAUCAGGGUCAGCUCAAUAAAUACGAGAGCCUGGAGCUGUGUAGACCCGUCCUAGCUCAGGGCAGGAAGCAACUACUAGAGAAAUGGUUGAAGGAGGACAAGAUGGAGUGCUCAGAGGAACUAGGCGACAUGGUGAAGGCUGCAGACCCCACCCUUGCUCUCUCAGUGUAUCUGCGGGCCAAUGUACCAAACAAGGUUAUUCAAUGCUUUGCUGAGACCGGACAAUUUCAGAAGAUUGUACUCUACGCCAAAAAGGUUGGAUACACCCCGGACUACGUGUUCCUUCUCAGGAACGUGAUGAGGGUCAACCCGGAUUCCGGGGCUCAAUUCGCAGGAAUGUUGGUUCAAGAUGAUGAACCCUUGGCUGAAAUAACUCAGAUUGUUGAUGUAUUUAUGGAACAGAACCUAGUACAGCAGUGUACUGCUUUCCUUCUUGAUGCACUUAAAAACAACAGACCAGCAGAAGGUCCACUCCAAACAAGAUUGCUUGAGAUGAAUCUGCUGGCUGCUCCUCAGGUUGCUGAUGCUAUCAUGGGAAACCAGAUGUUCAGUCAUUACGACCGAGCACAUAUCGCCAGUUUGUGCGAGAAAGCGGGUCUAUUGCAGCGCGCACUUGAGCACUACACCGAUCUGUACGAUAUCAAACGUGCAGUGGUUCAUACACAUCUUCUUAACACAGAUUGGUUGGUCAACUUCUUCGGAACCUUGUCUGUGGAGGACUCCAUGGAGUGCUUGAAAGCCAUGCUCCAGGCAAAUAUCAGACAGAACCUACAAGUUUGUGUCCAAGUUGCAACCAAGUAUCAUGAGCAGCUAACAACUAAUACUCUCAUCGAUCUGUUCGAGUCCUUCAAGUCAUUCGAGGGUCUCUUCUACUUCCUCGGCAGUAUUGUCAACUUCAGUCAGGAUCCAGAGGUUCACUUCAAGUAUAUCGAGGCUGCGUGUAAGACCGGUCAGAUAAAGGAGGUUGAGAGGAUCUGCCGCGAGUCCAACUGCUACGCCCCUGAGCGUGUCAAGAACUUCCUGAAGGAGGCAAAGCUCACCGAUCAGCUGCCGCUCAUCAUUGUCUGCGAUCGAUACGAUUUUGUACACGAUCUGGUUCUAUACCUGUACAGGAACAAUCUGCAGAAGUACAUUGAGAUCUAUGUACAGAAGGUGAACCCUAGUCGUCUACCCGUGGUGGUCGGAGGUCUGCUGGACGUUGACUGUGGAGAGGAUAUCAUCAAGAACUUGAUCCUGGUAGUCAGGGGACAAUUCAACACUGACGAGCUGGUCGAGGAGGUGGAGAAGAGAAACAGGUUAGUUGUGGGUAAAUACUGUGAGAAGCGUGACCCCCACCUGGCCUGCGUAGCUUAUGAGCGGGGGAACUGUGACAGAGAACUGAUCGCUGUGUGCAAUGAGAAUAGUUUGUUCAAGUCUGAGGCUAGGUAUCUUGUCAAGAGGAGGGAUAUGGAACUAUGGGCAGAGGUUUUGAAUGAUGAGAACCAGUUCCGUCGUCCUUUAAUUGAUCAGGUUGUGCAGACAGCUCUAGCAGAAACUCAGGAUCCCGAGGAUAUCUCAGUGACCGUGAAAGCGUUUAUGGCAGCUGAUCUACCCAACGAACUGAUAGAACUCCUGGAGAAGAUUGUCUUGGAGAACUCGGUCUUCUCUGAUCAUAGGAACCUGCAGAACCUGCUUAUCUUGACCGCCAUCAAGGCGGACAAGACCAAGGUCAUGGAGUAUAUCUCCCGCCUGGACAACUAUGACGCCCCUGACAUUGCAAACAUCGCCAUCGGAGCAGAACUUUACGAGGAGGCUUUCGCCAUCUUUAAGAAAUUUGAGGUAAUUUUUCAAAUUAUUUACUUUUUCAUUUUAAUUCAUUUAAAUAUACUUUUUAUAAAAUUCAAUUUUAGUUCCAGGUGCAAUGAGCCCGCGGUCUGGAGUCAGCUUGGUAAAGCUCAGCUUCAACAGAAUCUUGUGAAGGAGGCAAUUGAUUCCUACAUUAAGGCCAAUGACCCAAGUGCCUAUCUUGACGUUGUCGCCACGGCCUCCAAAACAGAGUCUUGGGAGGACCUUGUCCGUUACCUCCAGAUGGCGAGGAAGAAGGCCCGAGACACAUAUGUCGAAAGCGAACUCAUAUUCGCGUACGCCAAGACCUCAAGGUUCGCGGACCUGGAGGAGUUCGUCUCGAGUCCGAAUCACGCGGAUGUUGGGAAAAUCGGAGAUCGAUGCUUCGACUCUGGUAUGUACGAGGCCGCUAAGCUGUUGUACAACAAUAUUUCUAACUUUGCAAAGCUCGCGAUAACCUUGGUUCACUUGAAGGAGUAUCAGGGAGCAGUCGACAGCGCUAGGAAGGCAAACAGUACUCGGACCUGGAAGGAAGUAUGUUUUGCUUGUGUUGAGAACGAGGAGUUCAGGUUGGCGCAGAUGUGCGGUCUCCACAUCGUGGUUCAUGCUGACGAGCUGGAGGACCUUAUCACCUUUUACCAAGACAAAGGGUAUUUCGAGGAGCUGAUGAGCCUCCUGGAGGCCAGCCUGGGGUUGGAGAGGGCCCACAUGGGUAUGUUCAGUGAGCUGUCCAUCCUUUACUCGAGAUAUAAACCAGAGAAACUCAGAGAACAUCUGGAACUUUUCUGGAGCAGAGUCAAUAUUCCCAAGGUAUUAAGAGCAGCUGAACAGGCGCAUUUAUGGGCUGAGUUAGUCUUCCUUUACGAUAAAUACGAAGAGUACGAUAACGCUGCUCUUUCGAUGAUGGCGCAUCCAACCGAAGCCUGGAGAGAAAGCCAUUUCAAGGAUAUAAUGACCAAGGUUGCAAACAUUGAAUUGUAUUAUAAAGCAAUCCAGUUCUAUUUGGAUUAUAAACCAAUGCUUCUUAACGAUCUUCUUCUGGUGCUUGCGCCUCGGCUAGAACACACCAGAACUGUUUCUUAUUUCACCAAAACCAACCAUCUCCAGCUCGUGAAACCAUAUCUGAGAUCUGUACAGAACUUGAAUAACAAGGCUGUAAAUGAAGCCCUGAACGGAUUGUUUAUAAACGAGGAGGAUUUCAACGCUCUGAAGACGAGUAUUGAUGCCUUCGAUAACUUCGAUAAUAUUGGGCUCGCGCAGGCGCUAGAGAAACAUGAACUCAUUGAAUUCAGACGGAUCGCUGCUUAUCUAUACAAGGGCAACAACAGAUGGAAGCAGAGUGUUGAGCUUUGCAAAAAGGACAACCUUUUCAAAGACGCAAUGGAGUACGCAUCAGAAUCGAAGAACGCAGAGGUUGCUGAGGACUUACUGGCUUACUUCCUUGAACACCGAGCUUUUGAUUGUUUUGCAGCUUGUCUGUUCCAGUGUUAUGAUCUACUGCAUCCUGAUGUUAUUCUAGAACUAGCUUGGAAGCAUAAUAUUAUGGACUUCGCCAUGCCCUACCUUAUACAGGUGAUGAGGGAGUAUGUGACGAAGGUUGACCGUCUAGAGGAUGCUGAAAAUCUUCGGAUAACUGAGAAGAAGGAAGAGGAAUAUACUCCCGUUGUUGUAGAAAGCAAGCCCCAGUUGAUGCUGACCGGACCUGGUGCAUAUCCAGGAGGAGCUUACAACAAUGUUGGUGGUGUUCCCCAAGUAGGAUACGGUGGUGCUCCUGGUCCCUACGGUAUGCCUGGGCAGAUGCCAAGCUACCAGGGGUACUCCAUGUAGAAAAUCCGCCAAGAAAACGAGCGGUCCGGAAAAAUCCGUGAAUCGGUGGACGUGGAAAUCCGCGAGUUUUGUGGCUAAAUUUAGAUAUCUUGAAACAUUCCCGGCAUUCUGCAGUGAACACUUGAUAAAAAGGGAAACUUAUAUAAUAAACACUAGAUGAACCAUCAUAGGUUCAGGAUAGGUUGCAUUUAACACAUCCAUCAAACCUGGUAUUUUAUUUAUUUUAGAAAAUAAGUCUGGAGACGUUUAAAAACUGUUUAUUUAUUAUUAAAUUUAAAACUAUGAUGGUUUAAUAUUUCAACUAUUUUAGAUAUAAAUUAUGUGAUGUUAUUAUGCUGCUAGUUGAUUCCUAGAUAAUCAAUUACGUUUUAUGUGAUUACUUGUAGCCCAGUGCGCUGAAUAAAAUUGUUCAUUAAUAAA